AAAGGUUAUUUUGGUAAUAAAAAAAGACAUCUGGAUCUUAUAUUGAGGCGAGGCCUGCUCGGCAUGCCCUAAGACUGCCUGCGAAACGGUUUGCUUUGAGCGGGGAGGCUCUCUGAUUUCUGGUCUGCUCGCAUCUCAUAUCAAGAUCUGUGAGUGGAGAGAACGAGUAGCAUCCAAGCCAUGGCGCUGGUUCUUCAUGCUGGCUGGCCAAACAAAAAUGCUUUGAAGACCCUCAUUGCUGCAGAAUACAGCGGAAUUGAGGUUGAACUUGUCAAGGAUUUUCAGAUGGGUGUUUCAAAUAAAAGUCCUGAAUUUCUUAAAAUGAACCCAAUAGGAAAGGUUCCUGUAUUAGAGACACCUGAUGGACCUGUCUUUGAGAGCAAUGCUAUUGCACGCUAUGUUACCCGAUUGAAAGCUGACAAUCCUCUUUAUGGCUCUUCACUUAUUGAAUAUGCUCAAAUUGAGCAAUGGAUUGAUUUUUCAACAAAUGAGAUUGAUAUAAAUGUUACUCGGUGGCAUUCUCCAAGAUUGGGAUUUUUACAAUACAAUGCCCAGGUGGAGGAGCUUGCUAUUGCUUCUUUGAAGAGGGGAUUGGAAGCUUUGAGUAUUCACCUUGCUAAAAAUACUUACUUGGUUGGGCACAGUGUGACAUUAGCUGAUAUCAUAUUGGGUUGUAACUUAUAUAAUGGGUUUACUCGAAUCAUGACUAAGAGUUUUACCUCGGAGUUCCCUCAUGUCGAGAGAUACUUUUGGACAAUUGUUAACCAGCCUAAUUUCCGCAAGAUCGUAGGUGAGGUGAAGCAGGCUGAAUCUGUUCCACCAAUUGCAUCAAAGAAACCAGCUCAUCCAAAGGAACCGGCUAAGCCCAAGGAAGCAAAGAAAGAAGCCAAGAAAGAAGUUAAGAAAGAGGAGCCAAAACCUAAGGCAGAAGAGCCUGCUGAGGAAGAGGAGGAGGCACCAAAGCCCAAACCAAAGAACCCACUUGAUCUUUUGCCUCCAAGUAAGAUGAUACUGGAUGAAUGGAAGAGGCUGUAUUCAAAUACAAAAACUAAUUUCCGUGAGGUUGCAAUUAAAGGUUUCUGGGAUAUGUAUGACCCUGAGGGAUACUCUCUAUGGUUCUGUGAUUAUAAGUACAACGAUGAGAACACUGUUUCCUUUGUGACAUUGAACAAGGUGGGUGGCUUUCUCCAACGCAUGGACCUUGCGCGCAAGUAUGCCUUUGGUAAGAUGCUUGUGAUUGGCUCUGAUUCACCAUACAAAGUGAAGGGGCUGUGGCUCUUCCGAGGGAAGGAUAUUCCUCAGUUUGUGCUUGAUGAAUGCUAUGAUAUGGAGCUCUACGAGUGGACAAAGGUAGACAUCAAUGACGAAGGUCAGAAGGAGCGUGUCAAUGCCUUUAUCGAGGAUCAAGAGCCCUUUGAAGGGGAGGCCCUACUGGAUGCCAAGUGUUUCAAGUAACUUAUAUUCAGAUAGCAUGCAGUGAGCUUUUAAGAACUUUUAAGUCUUCCAUCCUAAUACAUUUUUUGUCAGUUGAUUAAAUUUUGCCUAGACCAGUGAUGCCAUAUUGAAAAACUUAUCGUUUGCUGUUGUGUGUUAAUUGUGAAAUGUUUUUUUCCCUUUAAUGUUAAAGAUUUUGCCAUA